GAGCUAGGCAGGGCAGGCCACGCUGGGGAGGAGAGGCGGAACCACGGGCCAAGGCUGCCUGCUGCCCACCCGAGACCCACGUCAUGGAGCCAGGGGGUACCCGCUUGCGGAGGAGAGAAGCGCCGAGAGGGGAGCAGGAGGAGCGACUCCCUGGAGAAGGAAUCACCGAGACUCACAGAGCCCCAGACUUGGUGCAAUGGACCCGACACAUGGAGGCUGUGAAGACACAAUUGCAGGAGCAGGCGCAGGGGCAGCUAAUGGAGCUGCUGGACCGAGCCAUUUGGGAAGCCGUACAGUCCUACCCGCCACAAGGCGGAGCUCUGCCCUCCACUCCCCCAGCAGCCUCCAGCGGGACCCGGGAGCCAUCCCUGGGGAAACGGAAAGUUUUCAUCAUCCGAAAGUCCCUGCUUGAUGAGCUGAUGGAGGUACAGCAUUUCCGCACCAUCUACCACAUGUUCAUCGCUGGCCUGUGUGUCUUCAUCAUCAGCACCCUGGCCAUCGACUUCAUUGAUGAGGGCAGGCUGCUGCUGGAGUUUGACCUCCUGAUCUUCAGCUUCGGACAGCUGCCCUUGGCGCUGGUGACGUGGGUCCCCAUGUUCCUGUCCACCCUGCUGGUGCCCUAUCAGGCCCUGCGACUGUGGGCGAGGCCCGGGACCGGGGGCGCCUGGACGCUGGGCGCCGGCCUGGGCGGCGCGCUGCUGGCCGCCCACGCCGCGGUGCUCUGCGCGCUGCCGGUGCACGUGGCCGUGGAGCACCAGCUCCCGCCGGCCUCGCGCUGCGUCCUGGUCUUCGAGCAGGUCAGGUUCCUGAUGAAAAGCUACUCCUUCCUGAGAGAGGCUGUGCCUGGGACCCUUCGUGCCAGAGGAGGUGAGGACAUCCGCGCCCCCAGUUUCUCCAGCUACCUCUACUUCCUCUUCUGCCCCACACUCAUCUACAGGGAGACAUACCCCAGGACGCCCAGCGUCAGGUGGAAUUAUGUGGCCAAGAACUUUGCCCAGGCCCUGGGCUGUGUGCUCUAUGCCUGCUUCAUCCUGGGCCGCCUCUGUGUUCCUGUCUUUGCCAACAUGAGCCGAGAGCCCUUCAGCACUCGUGCCCUGGUGCUGUCUGUCCUGCAUGCCACCUUGCCAGGCAUCUUCAUGCUGCUCCUCAUCUUCUUUGCCUUCCUCCAUUGCUGGCUCAACGCCUUCGCGGAGAUGCUACGGUUCGGAGACAGGAUGUUCUACCGGGACUGGUGGAACUCAACGUCCUUCUCCAAUUACUACCGCACCUGGAAUGUGGUGGUGCAUGACUGGCUGUACAACUAUGUGUACCAGGAUGGACUGUGGCUCCUUGGUGGCCGGGCCCGAGGGGCAGCCAUGCUGGGUGUGUUCCUGGUCUCCGCAGUGGUCCACGAAUACAUCUUCUGUUUCGUCCUGGGGUUCUUCUACCCUGUCAUGCUGAUGCUCUUCCUUGUCUUUGGAGGGCUGCUGAACUUCACCAUGCAUGACCGGCACACUGGCCCCGCGUGGAACGUGCUGAUGUGGACCAUACUCUUUCUGGGCCAGGGAAUCCUGGUUAGCCUGUACUGCCAGGAGUGGUACGCACGGCGGCACUGUCCCUUGUCCCAGACAACCUUCUGGGGGCUGGUGACACCUCGAUCUUGGUCCUGCCAUACCUAGGGGUCAGGACACCCUCACUGCCCAGAUGACACCUCCAAGUUCUUUUCUGCCUGCAAUGCCUGGGACCGCGGCUCCACUCUGCCUUGCCAGACUUAGCUCGGAGUCAAAGGGGCCUGCAUGCAAGACCCCACCAGAGAACUGCAAGGCCUGAGGUCUGUGAGCCUGUGGGUAGUUGGGCACAGACUCCAGUAUGGGGGUGACUCUUGAGGCCCCAUCCCCAAGGACUGGGCACAAGAGACCCUCCUACUCCCUGACUGAUCAGAUCUGGGGAGACCUGAGGGACCUUGCAGAUUUGGUGAAUAGCCGGGGAUUCAGAGAAACUGGACCCACUAAGAUCUAAGAAGGGUUUGGUUCUUGACUUUGUACUCCUUACAGGAUGACAAUAAACUCUUUAUCUCCCUUUUUACUCAUU